AUGAAAACUACUGUGUCAUGUUGUAAUGCUUGUGCCAAAAGUUUUGUUCCACGAUCUCCAAUUAGAUUGGCGUUGAGAUCUAGUGUGGCCCAUAAAUUUCUUAUAACUGUUGAAUUACUUCUCAGAGAUAUUCCUGAUAAAGCAGUAUUUAACAUUCCACAACUUAAACGUUUAUUAGAUCCAUAUGCACAAUUAACGUUAGCUGUACGUGCUGGUAAUUUAAGUCGAUUUAAAGAAGUUCUUGAAACAUAUGCUGAUCGUUUUCAACAAGAAAAACUUGGUCACUUAUUAUUCGGCAUUAAAGUGAUUAGUUUAUCAUAUGCUAAAAUAUCAUUUAGUGAUGUUGCACAAAAAUUACAACUUGAUUUAUCUGAAGAUACAGAAUAUAUUAUUGCAAAAGAUCAUCACGUGGAAAAAAUGCAUCAUCUCAAGAAAAAAAAUACACGUGAAACAAGUUCUCAUUCAAUAUCAUCUGAUCAUCAUAGUUCAAGGCCAUCUAAAGGUCCAAUGCCACCAAAACUUCCGCCAGGACCCGUGCGUCCAAAUAUGUUUGGUCCUCCACGUUAA